AACGUUGAUUUGACAUUUACGUGACAGACAGAUAGUGACAACACGUCGAAAAUGGCUGACUCUGGGCCUAGUAAAACCGAUAUUGAAGCAAUAUUUCAAAGAUUACGCUCUAUUCCAUCGAAUAAAGUAUGUUUCGACUGCAACGCGAAAAACCCUACGUGGUCGUCGGUGACGUACGGAGUGUUCAUCUGCCUGGACUGCUCCGCGGUGCACCGCAGCCUCGGCGUGCACCUCACGUUCGUGCGCUCCACGCAGCUCGACACCAACUGGACAUGGAAGCAGCUCCGGAACAUGCAGCUUGGCGGGAAUGUCAACGCUACCCAGUUCUUCCGCACACACGGGCUGUCGACAGAGGACGCGCGACAGAAGUACAGCUCCCGCGUAGCACAGAUGUACCGUGACAAGCUGAGCACCAUGUCCGAACAGGCCAUGAAGACCUACGGCACCAAGCUUCACCUGGAGCCGGCGGCGCCCGAGCCCAAGGAGGCCAAGGAGCCCGAGGUAGACUGGUUUGCGGAGCACGGCGACGCCGCACCCACUAACACUAGCGAGCUUCCCAUCCCCGCACAGGGCGGCGGCGCGGCGCUGAGCUCGGCGGCGCGGCUGUGGGGCGCGGGCGGCGCGUCGGGCGACAUGACGCCCGCCGCGCCGCGCGCCAGCACCAUCGCCAGCCGCGCGCCCAACAAGCGACAAGGGCUGGGCGGUAGGAAAGGCGGUCUGGGCGCGACCAAGGUGGCGGCCAACUUCGAGGACAUCGAGCGCGAGGCGAUGCUGGCGCAGCAGCAGAAGGCCGCGGCGCCGGCCGCCACGCUGGAGAGCGUGGAGCAGGAGGUGGCGGCGCUGCGCCUCGCGUACCGAGCCCCCGCGCCCCGCGCCGCCGCCGAGCGCCUCGGCCUGGCGCAGCAGCAGCCGGCCCGCGCCGGCGUGUCGCACUCCGCCGCCAGCGACAUGACGCCCAUCGAGCAGGAGGACGCGCCACAGCCGCGCGCGCCGCUCGACGACAUCGACGACUUCAGCUCCUCCUUCACCAUGAUCCGGAACGAGCCGUACGGCAACAGCCGCAACCUGGACAAGUUGUUCGGUGACAGCGACCGCAAGUCUUCCUCGUUCGACAACAUCGCCGGCAUGGCCAGCAUGGGGGGCAGCGCCGGCGGGCUGGGCAGCGGGGGCAGCCUGGCUAGCCCCGGCAGCAUGGGCGGCGGCGCCGGGCUGAGUGGCGCGGACAAUACGCGCAACAGCGCGGAGGGCACGCGGGUCAACGCGGGCAGGCCGCGCGGACGCCGCGCCGACAGCGCGGAGGAUGACUCGGCCGUCAAGAAGUUCGGGUCGGCGAAGGCGAUCAGUUCGGCACAGUUCUUCGGCGAGCAGGACUCGCGGUUUGAGCGGGACUCGAACCUGUCGCGCUUCCAGGGCAGCACGAGCAUCUCGUCGGCGGAGUACUUCGGCGGCGACGCGCAGCGCAUGCCGCGCAACUCCGCCUUCAGCGUGUCCGCGCCCGACCUCGACGAGGUGCGCGAGUCAGUCCGCGCGGGCGUGACGCGCGUGGCGGGGCGGCUGUCGUCGCUCGCCAACGGCGUCGUGUCCUCCAUACAGGAGCGCUACGGCUACUGAGCCGCCCGCUCGCUCCGACACGAAUAUCUAGCCGACAUUAUUCUAAUUAUAUUUCAAUGUAAGAAACAUUUAUAAGUGACCAACUGACUAGUAACCAUACUAUGUUGCAUAAAUAACGCUUUGUUGACGAUGUCUCUGAUAGCGGAUCCAUUUUAUUAUUUUGUUUGACACCGACGACGCACUUUACCGCACAGGGACUAAUACAAACAACUGUCGUAAGUGAGUUCUAUUUUGUAUGUAUAAAACUAAUGUUGAAUUAUGUCGUAACUUAUGUAAAAGUACUUGUAUUAGACAGAAUUGUCUGAACGGGUGUGAGCAGACAUUAUUGUAUUAUAAAUAAUAUGUUUAUAUUCAUGUUGUAUCAAAAGUAACGCAGAGACACAGAAGCGCCACCUCUUGUACAACGAGUUUAUACAGAGCUGUCCGAAUGUUCAACCGCUGCUUCAUAUUCCGUGUGCGGGAAGUUGCUCGCGCUGCACACAAUCACGUUGAUGAGUUGAGUGGGCUGAAUUUGAACCGAGUUUGGGUAUUUGGACAGAUGCUACUUGUAUGUUAAGCUUUUAUAUGUAUGUAUAUGUGGUGACGCAGGCCACCCUACUAGCAUUUGUAGUACCGAAGACGGCUUAUACAUAUGCAAGAGCGCGAGUGGCGUACACACGUCGGCUGCUAGUCGGACACUGACAGCCCAUACACAUAUCGACAUAGCUUUUACAAAUUUCACAUAUAAUCUACUACGCUAUUGUAAUCGUAACUGAGACAUAGACCUUGAGUGUUGGUCAAUUACAAUGUAGUGUGUUCAGAUGUAGGAGCCGCUGUUUGUACGCGCGAGCGACAUCUUGUACUUGUAAAUAUUGUAAUGUACAUAGUACGUGCAGUAGUGCACGAGUAGCGCCGCCGCGUCACUCAGCGCUCCACAGGCGAUACCCGCUACUUCGCUAUCGCAUUCCAAAUUCUAAUGUAUCUGUUUAAUCUUCUGUUCUAUUAUAACAAAACAUAUUCGUUGAUUGUUGCAUUAUUGUAAAGUUAGUUUCCUGAGCCGUGGGUACGAGGCGCGUGGUCCGAGGGCAGGCGCAGGCGACACGCGACACUGCGUCGCCUGAGCAAGCACGCGACUAGUUAGCCACUAACCGAGCAUUUAUUUAUUUUUAUGUAAACGUUUUUGGUGUUAGAUAAUUUUUAUUUUUAUAGUAACUCGGUUAAGUUGAUGUUAGUACGAAACUAGGCGGUUGACUCGCGGCAGGGCCGUACUGCCGCGGGUCUAAGUAAGCAUGUUUAUUUUUAGAGCUUAUUUUAUGGUCGACACUAAGUUUGUGCGCAUUAUAUUAAGUUAGGAGCGACAAGCGUCCGCGCUGUGAGUCAGCGCUGGCGACAGCUCGCGAGGAAUGUUCCGCUCGGGGCCGCUCCGGCUCCAACACAUUUGUAUAGUAAUAGAAUUUUGUUUUAUAGAUUAUAAUUAUUGAUAUAAAUAUACAAAAUUAUAUUUGCUA